AGGAGGCGGGGGCGGUGCCGAGCCGUCCGCCGGCGGCCGAGUGCGGGUUCCGUGCCGGGCUGCGCAACUGGGCCGCUAGUGGGGCCCGAACUCGGGGGCCAGAGCGGCAGCGGCGGGCGCGGCGCCAGGACCCGGCAGAGCGGCGCGGCGCGGCGCGCAGGCAUCAUGACUCCCAUGAGGACCCAGCACUCGUUGGCAGGGCAGACCUACACAGUGCCCCUCAUCCAGCCAGACCUGCGGCGGGAAGAGGCCAUCCAGCAGGUAGCAGAUGCCCUGCAGUACUUACAGAAGAUCUCCGGAGACAUCUUUAGCAGGAUCUCCCAGCGAGUAGAGCUGAGCCGGAGCCAGCUGCAGGCCAUUGGGGAGAGGGUCUCCUUGGCCCAGGCCAAGAUUGAGAAGAUCAAAGGCAGCAAGAAGGCCAUCAAGGUGUUCUCCAGUGCCAAGUACCCCGCUCCAGAGCACCUGCAGGAGUACAGCUCCAUCUUUACGGGUGCCCAGGAUUUUGGCCUGCAGAGACGCCCCCGCCACCGGAUCCAGAGCAAGCACCGCCCCCUGGACGAGCGGGCCCUGCAGGAGAAGCUGAAAUACUUCCCUGUGUGUGUGAACACCAAGUUGGAACCUGAGGAUGAGGCUGAGGAGGGGCUCGGGGGUCUUCCCAGCAACAUCAACUCCGUCAGCUCCUUGCUGCUCUUCAACACCACUGAGAACCUGUACAAAAAGUAUGUCUUCCUGGACCCCCUGGCUGGUGCUGUAACAAAGACCCAUGUGAUGCUGGGGGCAGAGACAGAGGAGAAGCUAUUCGAUGCCCCUCUGUCCAUCAGCAAGAGAGAGCAGCUGGAGCAACAGGUUCCAGAGAACUACUUCUAUGUACCUGACCUGGGCCAAGUACCUGAGAUCGACGUGCCGUCCUACCUGCCCGACCUGCCAGGCAUCGCUGAUGACCUCAUGUACAGCGCUGAUUUGGGCCCUGGCAUUGCCCCCUCUGCCCCUGGCACCAUUCCAGAGCUGCCCGCCUUCCACACAGAGGUGGCUGGGCCUUUCAAGCCAGACCUAGAAGAUGGGGUCCUAACAGCACCUCCGCCACCACCACCCCCACCCCCACCUCCCCCAGCUCCAGCGGUGCUGGCCAGCGCUCCCCCGCCCCCACCCCCACCGCAGACUGUGCCCACUCCAGGUCAAGGUGCCAAGGAUGACAGCAGCGUGUCUCCUUCAGCUCCAGUCCAGGGGGCUCCCAAGGAAGUAGUGGACCCCUCCAGUGGCCGGGCCACCCUGCUGGAGUCUAUCCGCCAGGCUGGGGGCAUUGGCAAGGCCAAGCUCCGCAGUGUCAAGGAGCGCAAGCUGGAAAAGAAGAAACAGAAGGAGCAGGAGCAAGUGAGAGCCACGGGCCAAGGCGGCGACCUGAUGUCGGAUCUCUUUAACAAGCUGGUCAUGAGGCGCAAAGGCAUCUCUGGGAAAGGACCUGGGGCCGAGGCCAGCGAGGGGCCAGGAGGAGCCUUCGCCCGAAUGUCAGACUCCAUCCCGCCUCUGCCUCCCCCGCAGCAGCCACCUGGAGAGGAGGACGAGGAGGACUGGGAAUCCUAGGGGCUCAGCAGCUCCUUCUUCUCACCAAACCCAGGCUGAGGCUCUUGCCCUCACAUGGAAACAGCUGGGAUGGGCUCCUUGGCCUGCAGAUCUCUCAGCCCCCGCUGCCCUUGGAGGGAUGGGGGUCACAGAGGACUACCCAGGUCUGUGCCUGGACCAUCUUCAAGGAGCAGGGAGGCUGGCUUCUGAGGGUGUUGGGAGGAGGCCUUCACUUUCUGCUUGUGCUCCACCCACCUCCUUCACUAGCAUGCUCCUCUAUUCCCUGAGACUGAGGUACAGCAGUACAUGAAUCAAUAAAGAAAUAUAACUGAGCAUCAA